AUGAACAUUCGCAAUCUUGCUCUGGCCACCCUCCUCGGGCUAGGGCUCUCCAGCCCAACACCCGACACACCGGCAGAUCAAAACCUAGACAAACGUUGCGUUGCACAGUCUGGAUACUGCGGUAACGGUGUGGCCUGCUGUGCCGGCCUCUUCUGCAGCUGGCCCAACUCGAUUUGCACGCCGUGCGGUGGACAAGGUGCGAACUGCGGCAACGCCGUACCUUGUUGCAGCGGCUUCUUUUGCAGCUGGCCAAACUCGCGAUGUGCGCCUUGUAAUGCACGUGGCCAAUACUGUGGGAAUGCUGUCCCGUGCUGUGCUGGCCUCAACUGCAAUGCCAUGACUUCUGUUUGUGGCUGA